UAAUUAAUUGAAUCUAUGGCAUCAUCUUCUUCUUCUUUUGCGAGUAAUUCACAAAACUGUCCUCGAUGGAAGUACGAUGUCUUUCUAAGUUUCAGAGGAGAUGAUACCCGGAAUAAUUUUACGAGUCACUUGCACAAAGGCUUGAAAAAUAGGGGAAUAUUCACCUUUCUAGAUGAUGAAAGGCUAGAGGAUGGCGAUUCCAUCUCAAAAGAACUCGUGCAAGCGAUAGAAGAGUCUCAAGUUGCUGUAAUCGUUUUCUCAAAGAAUUAUGCUACGUCAAGGUGGUGCUUGAAUGAACUAGUGAAGAUUAUGGAAUGCAAGGAGAAAGAAAAUGGACAAACAGUUAUACCGGUCUUCUAUUAUGUGGAUACAUCACAUGUUCGAUACCAAAUUGAGAGCUUUGCAGAAGCAUUUGUCAAACACGAAUCGAGGUAUAAGGAUGAUGUUGAGGGGAUGCAGAAGGUUCGAGGAUGGAGGAAUGCCCUAACUGCUGCCGCAGAUCUAAAAGGACAUCAUAUUCAUGACAGGAUUAAUCAAUCAAAGGAAAUUGAUCAGAUUGUCGACGACAUCACUUCCAAACUUUGCAAGAGUGCUCGUUCUUUAUCUGAUUUGAAAGAUGUUGUGGGAAUACAUGCUCAUUUAAAGAAACUAGAAUCCCUACUUCAAAUGGAAAUCAAUGAUGUUCGAAUUGUAGGAAUCUGGGGAACAGGCGGAAUUGGUAAAACGACGAUAGCAACAGCCAUCUUUGAUAAUCUAUCUGAACAAUUUGAAGCAGCUUGUUUUCUAGGGGAUGUUAAAGAAAAUGCAAGAAAGAAUCAACUGCAUUCUUUACAAAAUAUCCUUCUCUCUGAACUGUUAAGAAAAAAAGAUGAUUACGUCAAUAAUAAGUAUGCUGGGAAGAGCGUGAUUCCAAGCAGACUUUGUUCUAUGAAGGUGUUGAUUGUGCUUGAUGACAUUGAUGAAAGAGAUCAUUUGGAGUAUUUAGCAGGUGAUGUUGAUUGGUUUGAUAAAGGGAGCAGAGUUAUUGUAACAACUAGAAAUAGACAAUUGAUAGAGAAUAAUGAUGCAAUAUAUGAAGUGCAGACACUACCUGAUGAUGAAGCUAUGCAAUUGUUCAAUCAACAUGCUUUCAAAAAGAAAGUUCCAGAUGAGUGUUUUGAGAAGUUCUCAUUGGAGCUAGUAAAUCAGGCUAAUGGCCUUCCUUUAGCCCUCAAGGUGUGGGGUUCUUUGCUGCAUAAGAAAGGUGUAGAUAAGUGGAAAAAAAUUGUAGACCAAAUAAAGAAUCACUCUAAUUCAGAAAUUGUUGAAAAACUCAAAUUAAGUUAUGAUGGAUUGAAGCCCGAAGAGCAAACAAUAUUUCUAGAUAUUGCAUGUUUCUUCCGAGGAGAAAAUAGAAAAGAAGUCAUGCAAAUUGCUGAGAGCUAUGAAUCUGGAGCUGAAUACAUAUUGGAUGUCCUAAUUGAUAAAUCCCUUGUGUUCAUCUCUAAAUAUGAUAAGAUUGAAAUGCAUGACUUGAUUGAAGAUAUGGGCAAAUACAUAGUGAAAAUGCAAAAAAAAUCCGGAGAACCUAGCAGAAUAUGGAAUGAUGAAGAUUUCAAUGAUGUGAUGAUGGACAAUAUGGGGGCCAAGGCAGUGGAAGCAAUCUGGCUUACUUGUUUUAGACAACUAAGCUUUAGCGAAGAGGCAAUGAAAAAUAUGCAAAGCCUUAGGAUGUUACGCAUACGGUGUCCAUGUGCUUCCCUAAGUGAUUCAGAAGACGACUCUAUUGAGUACCUGCCCAGCAACUUGCGUUGCUUUGUCUGGCAUGAAUGUGCUUGGAAGUUAUUGCCAGAAAAUUUUAAUCCCAGAGGGCUUGUUCAUGUUGAUCUCCAAUGGAGUUCAUUGCAUUAUUUAUGGAAGGAAACAAAGCUGCAACAAUUUCUGUCUCUACGAAGGAUAGAUCUGAGUCGCUCUGAAAGCCUGAAGAGAACACCAGAUUUCAAGGGGAUGCCAAAUUUGGAAUAUUUGUAUCUAUAUAAAUGUAAAAGUCUUGAAGAAGUUCAUCAUUCCCUGAAGUAUUGCAAAAAACUCAUUGAGUUAAAUUUGUCUCAUUGUGAAACGCUUGAGAGGUUUCCAUAUGUUAAUGUGGAAUCUCUUGAAUUCUUGAAUCUAUAUUUCUGCUCUAGUUUACAGAAAUUUCCUGAAAUCCAUGGAAGGAUGACUGCCAUAAAGAUUAUCACGUCAUACUCUGGGAUAAGGGAACUGCCAUUAUAUUUCUUUGAUCACCAACCUCAUCCUAUAGAGCUACAUUUGGAUGGCAUGGAAAACCUUGUAUCUCUUCCAAGCAGCAUUUGUAAGAUGAAAGGCUUGGUGGAGCUAUAUGUGCCGAAUUGGUCAAAACUUGAAAGCUUGCCAGAAGAGAUAGGUGAUUUAGAAAACUUGGAGGAGCUUGAUGCCAGCUAUACUCUAAUCUCACGUCCUCCGUCUUCCAUUGUCCGGUUGAACAAGCUUAAAAGUUUGUGUUUUCAAAAAAGAAAAUCAGAAGAUAGAGUGUACUUUGUGUUCCCUCUGGUGAAUGAAGGGUUAGUCUCAUUGGAAUCUCUGUAUCUCAGUUACUGCAAUAUAAUAGAUGGAGGACUUCCGGAAGACAUUGGAUCCUUAUCCUCUUUGAAAAAGUUGAAACUCAAUAGAAAUAAUUUUGAGCAUUUGCCUCAAAGCAUAUCCAAACUUGGUGCUCUUGAAUACUUGGACUUAUCAGGUUGCAAGAGGCUUACACAGCUGCCAGAAGACAUUGGAUGUUUAUCCUCUUUGAAAGAGUUGCAUCUCAGUGGAAAUAAUUUUGAGCAUUUGCCUCAAAGCAUAUCCAAACUUGGUGCUCUUGAAUACUUGGACUUAUCAGGUUGCAAGAGGCUUACACAGCUGCCAGAAGACAUUGGAUGUUUAUCCUCUUUGAAAGAGUUGCAUCUCAGUGGAAAUAAUUUUGAGCAUUUGCCUCAAAGCAUAUCCAAACUUGGUGCUCUUGAAUACUUGGACUUAUCAGGUUGCAAGAGGCUUACACAGCUGCCAGAAGACAUUGGAUCCUUAUCCUCUUUGGAAGAGUUGAAACUCAAUAGAAAUAAUUUUGAGCAUUUGCCUCAAAGCAUAUCCAAACUUCGUGCUCUUGAAUACUUGGACUUAUCAUAUUGCAAGAGACUUACACAGCUGCCAGAAGACAUUGGAUGUUUAUCCUCUUUGAAAGAGUUGCAUCUCAGUGGAAAUAAUUUUAAGCAUUUGCCUCAAAGCAUAUCCAAACUUCGUGCUCUUGAAUACUUGGACUUAUCAUAUUGCAAGAGACUUACACAGCUGCCAGAAGACAUUGGAUGUUUAUCCUCUUUGAAAGAGUUGGAUCUCCGUGGAAAUAAUUUUACGCAUUUGCCUCGUAGCAUAGCCCAACUUGGUGUUCUUCAAACCUUGGAAUUAUCAGAUUGCGAGAGACUUACACAGCUGCCAGAAGACAUUGGAUCCUUAUCCUCUUUGAAAAAGUUGAAACUCAAUAGAAAUAAUUUUGAGCAUUUGCCUCAAAGCAUAUCCAAACUUCGUGCUCUUGAAUACUUGGACUUAUCAUAUUGCAAGAGACUUACACAGCUGCCAGAAGACAUUGGAUGUUUAUCCUCUUUGAAAGAGUUGGAUCUCCGUGGAAAUAAUUUUACGCAUUUGCCUCGUAGCAUAGCCCAACUUGGUGUUCUUCAAACCUUGGAAUUAUCAGAUUGCGAGAAGCUUACACAGCUGCCAGAAUUUCCACAGAAAUUACAUGCAAUAUAUGCAGAUUGGAGCAAUGAUUCAUUUUGUAAUUCGGUGUUUCAGAAUAUCUCAUCAUUGCAGCAUGACAUCUUUUCUUCAGAUUCCUUGUCACUAAGAGUGUUUGGGAGUUGUAUGUUUCAUAUCCCAAGUUGGUUCGACUAUCAGGGAAUGGGCCCAAGUGUAUCAUUCAAUUUGCCUGAGAAUUGGUAUGUAAGUGAUAACUUCUUGGGAUUUGCUGUAUGUUAUUCUGGCGAACUAAUUAAUUACACCAAAGCUCAUUUGAUUCCCUUAUGUGAUGAUGGGAUGUCGUCGAUGACCCAAGAAUUUGCCUUAUCCAACAAUUCAGAAUAUUCUGAUGAAUGUAAUUUUAAUUUUUUGUUUGUACCUUUUGGUGGCUUAUGGGAUGCAUCUAAUGCAAAUGAAAAAACACCAAAUGACUAUGGGUGCAUUAAAUUAGAUUUUGGAGAAAAGAUGAAAUUUGGAGUUCGUUUGUUGUAUAAAGAGAAUCUGAGAGCAGAGAUGAAGAAGAGGCCAGUUGCUCUUGCUUCUAAGAAACUCUUGCGGCUCUUUCCCACAAGCUCGGGAUUAUAGAUUAAAUAUAGUUAGGUAUAUAACUCAUGAAAUUGUGUUCUCUGUUUAUAUAUAAAUUAUUUCUUCUCAUUCUUUCUUCUAUUGGCAAUAGGUGAUGUACGUAUCAGUAAUCAGCAGCGAGUUUUGGGGACACUGCCUAUGAAGGGAACAUGUACGUACAAUUUGGAAGCUUUGGAAUCCAAUGGAGCUCAAAUAAUUUCUCCCCAACCAUCAAGUUAUACUGAAGUUGCAUAGUCUCCGUUGAUAUCUACUGUAAAAUGUUACAUUCUUAUUCUAUUUUAAUAAGUGCAAGAAACACAUUUCAUUAUUCAUCUCUGAAAUUAAUGUAAUCUAAUUAGCAAAGAAACACUGCUAUAUAAUUGAACCCCUCCCUAUCCUCA